GAUUCUCAAAAAGAUAUCCUUCACAGAGGAGCAGUUAGAGGAAACAUCGUGCUCGAAGCAUCUACAUGCUCAACUCCAAAGGAAGAGAUUUCAAUUGUCAACUUCGGCACCUACAUGAAGAACCAGCAGCACCAAGCUUCUAGCACUAUGCCCAACUCGAUGGUGACGCCCAUUGAACAAUCCUUCCAACACCUUGCCGAUGAACCAACUUCUCUCAACUUGAUUCGGUUCACAGCGGAAAUGAUUGAAAUGACCACAGAAUUGCCUUUUAAAAAAAUGCAAGCAGGAUUGAUCAAGUCAAUCGCACAUAUUUUGCACGAUGAGAAGUUUGAAAAGAUUCGCGGGCCCCAAGCGAUGCUCAAACUUAUGAUGCUCGCCUACUACACUACGAAAGUUGGCGUACCUGAAGUGGAUAAUCAUACAUAUGGAUUGGAUAUGUUCAAUGAUUACAAACAAUUCUUCUUCCAAUGGGCACACGGGUGUGGAAAGAAGAAAGCGGUCAGCGAAUUUCGAACGGUUUUCCACUUGGCUCUAUCCAAUCUUUACUACCAGAUGUCACCGACUUUGAUUGUAAAGGAUUUUGAAAAGAUUUUCCAACAGUACUUUGGUCAGCUUCCGAUGAUAAGUGGUCUGGAACGUAAGGCUCUCGACAAGCUUUUUGGCAGAGGAAUGAUUGAGAAAUUUGCAUGGGCGGAGAAUGUUAUGAGUUUUGGAAAUUCUCGUGAACUUUCUGGCAGAACCGUUGCUGUACGACCAGACCAUAGAAUUCUUGAAGUGGCUCGCGGAACUAUGAUAAGCUCUUCAUAUAUUUCGCCAAACAAGAGUGGGUCAUCAGUUCUGUUGAAUGAAUCCCCGCCAACCAAUUCGCCAAUUGUCAAAUUUGGCACCUACCCGAAAUUCCAGCUGCAAGACGUUUCUAGCUCAAUGCUCAACGCGAGACGUCGACAGCUCACUGCCACAGUCACAUCUGCGGAAUCUCCAAUGAAGCAACCACGCAUGGCGACUGGAAACUUUAACGAUAGAGCAUCCACCAGUUCUGGAGGUCCCAAGAACUAGAAAUCUACUUGCAACCUAAUUCACUUUUUUUAUGUUUGUUUCACCUUGAUUCAAGUACUCUUGUUUGUUUCCUUUCCCCAUUAAGCACACAUUCUGAGGUUAGAAUCGUGUGAUUAUGCUUUUUUCAAUCACAAAUUUGCCGGCUAUCAGUAAUUUCCUGCAUUUACCAUAAUCAUUUUUGAGCUCCCAUAUUUUCAUUUAUGUCCCUCUUUCCGGCUGCUGUCUUGUAGAGACACCGUGAUCCCCUUACACCUAGCUUCCCCCAGUUACCAGUUACAGUUGUUUCCCCCAGUUACCAGUUACAAAUAUCCUCUCAAAGCUUUUGUACUUGACUAGUUUUAGAAAAUAUUAUUGAAUGACUAAAUAUUGCUUUUAAAUAAUAAUUGAAGAUCUCCCCGAUAGAAAAAUUCCUCCACUUGCCAUUUAAAAUUUACGAGUUUUCAUUGUUUUUUCGUUGCCUUUUUUUUAAAUUUCUAGUAGUUUUGCUCACCUUUUUAUUUUAAUUUACAAAAGUAUUAAUACGUAUUUUAAUUUCAUGAAUUAUACUUUUUUUCCUCAAAUUAUUGUUGAAUAAAAAGUUUUAAUUAGACAA